GUCAAGUGUCAAUUAAAUAAUUGUCAAACUAAAACUGUAUUGAUGAGAAAACAUAGUAAAUAUAAGGCAUGAUUUACGUACUUUAUUUACUAAUUUUAUAUUCAUUAAACAAUCAAUAUAUUAAUGCAGAACAAAAUCCGUACAUUCAAAAAAAUGGUCAAGAACUUCUUUUAUGUCGAAGGUGCGGUGCUGAUGUAGCUGAUUCAAAUUAUUUGAUAAGUAAAAAUAGUCCAGGAGCACAAAAAAUUGAAAAAAAGAAUUUAUUCGGGAGGCAGAAUAUUACUGUGCAGACACUUAUUAACCCUUUUGGUGUUAAGUUCGAUAUAGUUACAGCAGAAAAAGCAAGAUGUACGAAUAUAGGCCCAAGCCAAGGUGCAGAUUCGUGGUUUCCAGGUUAUACAUGGCGUAUUUGUACCUGCCCACACUGCGGACAACAUUUAGGAUGGUCUUUUGAAAGUUCUCAUUCAAAAGCUGUUGAAAAUAACAGUGAGAGCAUGAAUUUAUUUCAUGGUUUAAUAUUAAGCAACAUUCUUGGCGAAAAUUUUACUGAUUCACUAAUAAUGAUGCCCAAAAUGUAUAAAAUGUAAAUAAUAUUUAAUAAUGGUAUCAAUUGAGAUAUUUAAAUAUCUUUAAGCAACUUUCAGGACUGAGUAUAUGUUUUUUACAAAAUAGUAAUAAAAUAAAUAAAAAGAGAA